AUGAUUGAACUUCUUCUAAGUUUAACUCUUGAAUGUCGCUUAUCAGCUGUUUACGUUCGAUGUCACUCAACUCUUCCCAAAAUCUCAACAAAUGCUCUUGGCCAUAACGCGAUAAUGUUUCUUUCAAACUUUCAAAGUUCGUCAUCUUAUGAAUUGAAGCUAAGCAGAUACUUUUUUAUGACACUCAUGGUGAAGAAUAACAGAACUGAUAAUGUAAUGAUAGAAGUGUGUGAAAUUAUACAAACAACUUGUUUUGAACAUUUAACAUUUCCAGUUAAAAAAAAACUUCUUCCUUAUGUAUCUCAAACAUUAUUUAGCUGCUUAACUAGAAAACUACCAUUAAAUGUCAGAUUAAAUUCAAUGAUCAGAGCUUUUCUAAGCCUGAUCAACGAAAGUGAAAGUCAUAUAAAUAUGCGAGGGAAAGAGAAAUGUUGUUGA